AUGUUUCGACCUAAAACCACACACUUUCGUGUGACUUUGCGCAGAACAAACCAGAAGGAGAACGUGGCCACAAAUUCGGUCAUAUCCUCUCUUCUAUCAAAAUACAACAAUAGGCAGGUUGAUCCAAGCGAUCUCAAGAAGUACGUGAAGCCUGUGACUUCGAUCACCAUGGGAGAAACCAUUGACUUGGUGAGAGCCAGUGAGAUUUUACAGCAGAACGGACUUCAUCACAGUGUCCUCGUGGACGAGGAAAUCAUCAAUUGGCGUGUGACCCUCGACAACGAUCAGCAUGAUUUGAUGGUUCUUGCCAACGGAACCUUGGUGGGCUGGGGCCUAACAGAAGAGCAAAUGGUGCGAGCAUAUGUGCCCACGCUUAAAGGGUCCGUGGGCGUAAUCCACGAGCAUGAAAGCGAGGAAAUGGAUUACGUAGAGAUCGAUGUCGGAGCCCUCGAUGAAGAGGGCUCCUUCAUGCAAGGAGAUGUAUUGGUCAUUCAGGGACGGUCUACUGAGAAAAAACAGCUUGAGAUGGCUGCGUUCGCCAUGGGUCUUUCGAGAUCCACCCGGCUUUCGGUCCUAGAGGAAAUCUUGGAGAAACACAUCCAGAUCACUAAAAAAAACAGCGAAACAUUGAGCGGUGGGUUGAAAUUGACAUCAAACGAAGCCGAUGUGUUGCGGCUCACGGGCAAUCUUUUUCUUCUCCGCGGAAAACUCAACCUAUACUCGGAGCUCAUCGAAACACCCGACCUCUACUGGACCGAGCCAACAUUAGAAAAGAUUUACGAGGCCGUGAGUCGCCGCUUAGACAUUCAGCCCAGAAUCACCAUUAUGAACCGUAAAUUGGAUUACGUCACUGAGGAACAGCGUGCACUCCUCAGUGUGUUGAAUGAGAAGAAGGGCACGCGUUUGGAAUGGAUCAUCAUUAUUCUUAUCAUGGUGGAGGUGGGCUUCGAGACUGUACAUUUUGUGGAGAAAUACUGGGACCGCGACUCACACACAGAGUAG